GGACGCCCCGCCCCGCGCCACCUGGUGCAGCCCGCUCGGCCUCGGCGACCCCGGCUGCGGAGAAGGCGCGCGAAGAUUCUCCAGUACAAGAAGAGGUGCUCGGAGCCGGAGCAGCAGCUGCUGGAGAGAUCUGGAGAGCUGGAGCAGCAGCUGCUAAGGGACACAGAGCACAACCAAGACCUGGAGAGCGCCCUCAUCCGGCUGGAGGAGGAGCAGCAGAGGAGUGCCAGCCUGGCCCAGGUGAAUGCCAUGCUCCGAGAACAGCUGGACCAGGCAGGCUCGGCCAACCAGGCUCUGAGUGAGGACAUACGAAAGGGACCUGCAGCGGCUGGAAGGGGAGCUGUCCAGGAGGUGGGCCUGGGACUUAGCAUGGGCCUACGGCUGGCAGAGAGCCGGGUGGAGGCAGCCCUGGAGAAGCAGGCCCUGCUGCAGGCCCAGCUGGAGGAGCAGCUGCGGGACAAAGUGCUCCACUAGAAGGACCUGG